AAAAUGUACUAAAUUUACUCCCCUUUAUAAACUUGUAACGCUUCAUUCUACAUAUAUCACAACAUGACAAAUAUGUCUCCGAUCCCGAUGAAGACACAUUUUUAAAAAAUAUUGUGGGAAUUUGUGGGAUUCUCUAGAGAAUCAUUUUACUCAUGAAAAAAUCAUUAAAUAUGUUAAAAAUCGUUAGAAGUACUUAAUUGUACUUAACACUAGAUCUUAAAUGAAUAUAUGAAAACUUUCGCAUAUGUUGUGCUAUUCAGGCGUAACAAAAAAAUAUGUUUGUUUACGGUUACCCGACCGACCCUAAUUUUAAUCGCCGACCCAAACUUUUUUUUCGUCUAAAAAUCCGGAAGUUACUGGCCGGUCAGUUUAACUUUUACAUUCAUCUUUGAAAUCGAAAUUGAAAGUACAGAAACAAAACAAGUUAGUUCAAUUUCUACAUCAACGAGUUUGUUGCAAUUUGCUUACCAUUGCGUGGCAGUUGCAGGGGUGUGCAACUAGCAUUGCCCAACACCCGGACCUAUCGUUUUUUGGGGGCACGCAAAAGAAUGAAGAAAUCUGGGGGGUGUCUAGAGAGCAAGGAAACCAGCAUCGAUACUAUCCACCAAGUUAAAGACCUGAGGUGUUGCAUGGAACUUUGCUUAGAGAAGUUAGACGUGAAGACUAUUGAGCAAGCCAGGAGAGACUUUUACAUGAAGAAACGAGAUGAGCAGACAGAAUUCAUCUUCAAUAGUCUUCGCUGCAGUUAUGCUCAUGUUGAAAAAGGAAGCAAAGUAACUUUCGUGGCAUUUGGAGUAAGACUGUGUCAGACUGGAUGGAGAGCUCUCUAUGGCGUUAAACCUAGGAGGUAUUGGAUAAUAAAGGCAAAAGUGAAGGAAGGAUGUCAGUCACUGGAUACUGAGGAUGGAAGAAGUGGACAGAAAUUUGCCAGUGAGAUGUAUUUACAGGCCAAAACGUACGUCGAAACCACUGCUGUGAGAUAUGGUGACCAACAGCCUGACUGCAGAGAAGUCCACCUUCCAUGUUGCCUAAACAAGACAAUUGCAUAUGAAGACUACCUAAAAACAUUUCAAGACAGAGGUCUGCAUUGUGUGUCCAAACGAAGCUUCUACAGAAUAUGGAGAGAACAUUUCAACAAUGUUAAAGUCAGAAAGUUUCAGAAGUUUUCCAAGUGUAAUGAGUGCACAACUUUUAGGGAGGCACUUUCUCAGAAGCUCACCAAGGAAGAAAGACUGAGGCUACAGGCUCAACGACAAAUUCAUUUGAAAUUUCAAGAAUUAUCAAGAGAAAAGUACUACAAGCACAGAAGCAAGAGCAGAGAGAAUCCAGCUAAAUACACCAGUCUGAUAAUAGACAACAUGGAUCAAUCUAAGACCAACUUACCAAGAUUUCCAGAGAAUUUCAAGAGUGAGACGGGACUGACGCACAUUCAUCACCAUGUGACGGGUGUUUUGAACCAUGGCAUCAACAAAUCCUAUGUGUAUACCUGGACGGAUCAGUUUUCCUCUGACUGUAACAUAACACUGAACUGCUUGAUGCUAGUCUUGAAAGAUACAGCAAUGAUUAACAAUGGAUCACUGCCUCCAGUAUUGUACCUGCAAGCAGACAACUCCCCAAAGGAUAACAAAAACAAGUUUGUUAUCAUGUUCCUGGCAAUGCUGGUUAAAGCUGAUAUAUUGAAGAAGAUAAAGCUGACAUUCCUGAUGGUGGGCCACACCCACGAAGACAUUGAUCAGAUGUUCAGCUGCAUCAGCAGGGAGGCCCACACACAGAAGAUCAUUACACUGACACAUCUUCAUGAGAUGGUGGAGAAAAGCUUCUGUCCAAAACCAGAGGUCCAGCACCUAGACAAUCUCUGGGAUUUCAGGGGGAUGACAUCCAUGGAGAGAAGUCUACGGGGAAUAAAGGAGCCUCAUGUCUUCAAGAUUUCCAAGAAGUCCGGGAGAGUGAUGCUGUCAUACAAAGACUGGCCCAUCUCCCAAGAGGUAUAUCGUGAUGUUGAUCUUCAUGACUUGGUGCCAGGAUUUGCAGAUGGGCCAGAUGUGGUCGAGCCAAAUUUCACGAAGAUCAACAGCAUCACCGAAGACAUGAGGCGGGAUCUCCCUAGGUGGGCAGAGACUGGAAGGUUCACAGCUUCUGAAGUGGACUGGUGGACCUCCUAUCUGACAUCAAUGCAGAAGAAGAAGGAGGACCGCCCCUUGCCGAUCGCCCCAUCUACCCUGCCAAGGUACAGUGCCCUGCCUAGAACAGAGUCCGUGUUGGAGACGAAUCUACAUGGAGCCAUCAACCGACACAUGGAGAGGCUUCAACGUUCUAGCAGGGUACAGGUCAGUGGUAGGGGAGUCCAACAUUCCUAGGCCAAAUUGUGAUGAUCAGGAACAAAGAGUUCCUCUUACAAAACUGAAAAUCAUGUGAAUACUCGCAUUUAUGUAAAAGCAUCAUGGUCUUGUAUUUAUUUAUUUCUCAAAUUGUUAGAUUGAUUUGAAUGCACCAAAAUAUUCUAUAUUUUUGUUGACAAUGUAUUUAUCAAAAAUAGUCUUGUGACUGAUGUCUAUUAUUGUGACUUGUAUUUAUUUAUUUUUCAAAUUAUUAGAUUGAAUUGAAUACACCAGAAUAUUCUAUAUUUUUGUUUACAUUGUAGUUAUCAAAAAUAGUCUUGUGACUGAUGUCUUUAUUGUGAUGUUUCAUAAAAGGUGCAAUUGUCCAACAGGCCAAUCAAUUUUAUGGCUUAUGCACUUGUGUAUUUAUUUUUAUAUAAUGAAUAUUUAUUGAAUACAAUAUGAUUGUACCUUUCCAUGCAAAUCAUUAUUAAAGUUGACAUAUUAUGUGUAGUCACUAUUGGUAGAGAUGUUCAGGCUAAUUUAAUUGAAGAAAAGUUUGUAAAUUAUUUUUAUUUUUCCGAUAUUUAAAAUAUUUUUAUGGUCACACUUUCUAUGUAUUUGUAGAAUAAGAGAUUUUUUUCAACAAGGAUAAG